AUGGGUCUACUUUCCUUAGGUACGCCUCUCCACUGGAAUGACUCCAAGAAAUAUGCAGAUCACGUCAGAUCAAAUGGUGUGAUCCAACUGCUGAACUCGUACAAGAUCUCUCAAGGCCGGGAGAACGAUAAGUUCUACUGGGGAGACGAGAUCGAGUACAUGAUGAUCUCGUUGGACGAGGCUUCCAGAUCGUUGAAGCUCUCAAUCGAUCACGACUACGUAUUGACAAACCUUUCCGAAGACGGGAAAAACUAUCAGGCUGCGUUGGACAACGACGUCCUGUUCCAUCCAGAGUACGGUCGGUUCAUGCUUGAAGCAACUCCGCUCAAUCCAUACGACGGUACUUCUUUGGGCGAUUAUUUCAAGGUCGAAAAUAACAUGCAUAGAAGACGUUUUUUGGCUAUCAAGGAAAUUCAAUCCGAAAAUGUUUACCCACUGACCUUGACAGCGUUCCCGCUGAUGGGAGUGGACGACUUUUGUUCUCCAUCGACGCUUCCCAAAGGCUGUGCAUCUAAAUCACUCUUUUUACCAGAUGAAAUCAUUAACAAGCACGUGAGGUUUCCAACCUUGACAGCCAAUAUCCGUCGUCGUCGAGGACAGAAAGUGGCAAUCAACAUCCCUCUCUACAAAGACAAGAAUACUCGUUCUUUGGACGCUGCUGACCCUUCCAUUCCAAAACGUGAGCUUUUCCCUUAUUCGGAUAAUGAACCACAUUUAUCGGCUGUCAAUCCGGCUGCAAAGCCAGGCCAUAUCUAUAUGGAUUCUAUGGGGUUUGGAAUGGGUUCGUCUUGCUUGCAGGUCACAAUGCAAGCAAAAAAUCUGAGUGAGGCUAGAUACUUGUUCGAUUCUUUGGUAAACAUUGCUCCACUAAUGUUAGCCGUUACUGCUGCGGCACCAAUCUUUAGAGGUCACUUGGCGGAUCAAGAUGUUAGAUGGAACGUCAUUUCGGGAGCUGUAGACGACAGAACCCCAUUCGAGAGAAAUGAAGCUCCAUUGGAGAACCACCCAUUGUAUGGAGGUCAAACUGAUGUUGAGGUUCAAAAAUCAAUGCUGAGAAUUCCAAAAUCUAGGUAUGAUUCUAUUGACCAGUAUUUGGGUGGUACUGAAUUUUACAAAUCAUCAUAUAACGACCUAAAUGCUCCAAUUAACAAGAAAGUUUACGACAAGUUAUUGGAAUCGGGUUUAGAUGAAGAACUAUCUCGUCAUUUUGGUCAUUUGUUUAUUCGUGAUCCGCUUGUGUUGUUCUCAGAAAGAAUAGAGCAAGAUAACGAAACUGAAAUGGAUCACUUCGAAAACAUACAAUCGACAAAUUGGCAAACUUUGAGAUUCAAAGUUCCAUCUCAAGACUCAGUACCAAACUCAAACAAACCUGGUUGGAGAAUAGAAUUGAGACCUAUGGAAAUUUCACUUACAGAUUUCGAAAAUGCAGCAUACUCAGUCUUUUCGGUUUUAUUGAGUCGGGCAUAUAUUCACUACCGCUUCAAUAACUACUUGAAUAUAUCUUUGGUCGAAGAUAACAUGAAAAGGGCACACCACAGAGACGCAAUCAAUCGAGAAAAGUUCUACGUCAGAACCAAUAUCGAAGAUUCAGGAGACGCAUAUGUCCAAGAGCUCACGUUGGAUGAGAUUUUCAAUGGUUCAGAGAAAAGAAAGUUCAAAGGGUUGAUUCCUAUCGUAAAAGACUUUGUUGCAGUAGAGUUUGGGCAUGAUGCAAAUCCGGAUGACUUAGAAAAAUUAGACAUGUAUCUAGAACUGAUCAGUGGCAGAGCCAGCGGAGCCACCCCUACUACAGCUACAUAUUUCAGGAAGCUUAUUUCUGAACACCCAGACUAUAAGUACGAUAGUAUUGUUCCUGAAAGCGCUGCUUUCGACCUUUGCUUGUUUGCAAAGAAACUUUCAGAAUACAAUCCAACAACUGUUAGACAAUUUUUCGGUGACAAGAUCGGUAACUGGUUAAUUGCCCACGGUUACUCUAGCAUAUUUGCCAAACUAGAUUAG